CUCCAUGCUCCUCUCCUCCCAAAUAAAUACCACCAAUCACCAAGUUGCUUGAUAUAAUUUUUACAUGUCCAACUUAAUUCAAUAUUUACACCAAUGUCAAUCAACUAAUAAUCUCUUAGCCAUCAAGAAACUCCAUGCUCACCUACUAACUAAAGGCAUUCUCUUCGUUCUUCAUGAUUUUCACACCCAACUCAUUGCAACCUACUCUUCAUGCCUUCCCAACAACAAUCUUCAAACACUAACAAACACUUUCUUCAAAUGCAUGAACUCCACCAACCCAUUACACUUCAAUGUUAUUAUAUCCAAUUUUUGUCGUAAAGGUUUCCCCUUUCUUGCUCUAACCACAUUCUCCUUUAUGCAAACCAAUGCUGUUCCUUUGGAUACAUACGCUUUGUGUAGCACUUUGACCGCUACAUCUAAAGUCAAAGAUUUCAAUUUUGGGAAACAGAUACAUGCCCACGUUGGAAAAUCAGGUUGGUUUUCUAGUGUGUUUGUGGGUAGUGCUUUGAUUGAUUUUUACUCUAAAUUGUUGAAUGUAAAAGAUGCAGCUCUUGUGUUUGAUGAAAUGCCUGACAGGAAUACUGUUUGUGCCAAUGCACUUUUGUCUGGUUAUUGCGAUGAUGGGUUAUGUGUUAAGGCACUUGAACUAGUUAGGAAGAUGCCUGUGUUGAAAUUGAAGUACGAUCGGUUUACAUUAUCAGCGGCUUUACGUGCAUGCACUGGAUUAUCUUCUGUUGAAAUUGGUAGACAGCUGCAUAGUUAUUUGCUCCGUACCACACCUGAUUUAGAGAAUGAUGUGUUUCUGCAGAGUGCGUUGAUUGAGAUGUAUGGCAAGUGUGGAAUGGUAGAGAAGGCUCAGCUGGCUUUUAAGUUGGAAGGAAUGGUGAUCAGGAAGGAAAAAAGUAGAGAUGUUGUGCUAUGGACUUCGAUGCUUGGUGUGUAUGGUAAAAAUGGGCAUUAUAAAGAAGUAAUUGAUUUGUACAGCGAAAUGUUGCAGGAAGGAAUCAGACCCGAUGGAAUAGCAUUUCUGACAGUAAUCUCAGCUUGUGGUCACACUGGCCAAGUACAUGCUGGUGUCAAGUAUUUUGAAUCUAUGACUAAUGAUUUCAAGUUGGAUCCUGGUCCAGAGCAUUAUAGUUGCCUGGUUGAUUUGCUUUGUAGGGCUGGAGAAUUACACAAGGCAUGGGAAUUACUUAAUGAGACAUGUCAUUAUAAGGGAAUAGGUAAUUGUAGUGUCUCCAUGUGGGGAGCUCUACUCAAAGCUUGUGUGGACAGUGGGAAUUUAGAGCUGGCCAAAUUGGCAGCUCAGAGGGCUCUUGAAUUGGAUCCUCAAAAUGCUGGAAUCUGUGUUAUGCUAUCAAACCUAUAUGCGCGCUUCGGUAUGUGGGAUGAGAUUGAACGUUUGAGGGUAUUGAUCAAACAAAGAGGGUUAAUAAAAGAUGUUGGAUGCAGUUGGGUUCAGAUAACAAAUUGAAUGGGUAGGAAAUGGUUUGAAGUGGUGAUGUUUCCUUUAAAAUCUUAUUGAAAGGUCUUUACUCCAAAUCCUAAACAUGCCUACCAUAAAACAUCAAGAACAAAUAGGGAAUGCUCAACCAGCUUGGGGUUAAAAUAUGAGACGUUUAUUUAGAUUUUAGAAUGGAUUUCAUACCGAAGAACAGCAUGACAUAUAUUUCCCUGGAGAAAUACUAUAUAGUUCAAAAUUACAAGCAAUAAGUUUAGUAUGAAAAAUAAAUGUCUUCAGGUAUAGAUGUCUUCUGUAUCAACUGUUUUCAAUGAGCAUUUAAGUCACCAAAUGAAGAAUGCAAUUGCGGCAUCUAUGGAUAUACAUGAUAUCCAACAAGUCAAGCUUCUUUAUAAUCAGAAGUUGAGAACACUACAGCCUCCAUAGGAUACAACCAUGCAAGUCAAUAUCUCAGGUGCUGUUGAUUUUGGUCAUGUAUCUUAUUUUUAAAUAUUUCUUGUGAUGUGAAAAUUAUAUGGCAUUUACAUUCAAGUGAAUGAACUUAGCUGUGCAUAUAUGCAAUUAGGAAUUUAGGAUGUUAAAAUUUGCCUUAAACUAAACGUAAAUCUUCAAGAUUUUUCACUCCGCACUAUCAUCAAUAAUUUAUGAAUGAUCAAUCAGUCAAGAGGAUAAAG